AUGGCGUGCGAGGUGGUGACAAUUGUCUUUGAUCUGCGUUACGCCGACAUGGAGCUCUUCGAGUCCGCCAGGAGUACAUUCAUUACCACGGUCGGCGAGAUGCUUGCGCUGUCGUGUGCCGCUGCGCUGGUAAAAGGGGGUGCGUGUCGACGGGUGGAGGUCUUCGCAGCCAACGCCAGCCGCCUUGUGCCGGUUUGGAACGCCACGCACCACGCCAGCAACGCCGCGGAGGCGGUGCAGCUGCUGAACGGCUUGGCCCCAUUGCGCUGCCCAUCGCGUGAAACGGACCAGUGUGUCGUGGAUGCUUUGCAAGAGCUGCAACGCGCCGCGGGUGUCCAGCGCAAUCUUCUUUUCUUCACAACCUUCACAACCAUCAACGACUUCAGCCGCCUUAUUCACGCCGCGAAACUCCUUGCGAUACCGUUCAUGGACAGUGUGUCAGUGUCCAUCCACCUGGAUGUGACUGCACUGACCACAACAGUGCUCGUUUUGACGCCUGCAAUUCGUUGCGUCCGCUCUCCUAUUGCGCCGUCGAGUGUCCGUGGCGCGGUGCAGCAGGCCCUCACGCCGUUUCUGCAGCUGCAGCAGCAAGUGAACGUGUCGCUGCGCUUUGGCCGCUACACCGUGCCGUGCCGAGCUCGCCGUUCCUUCUUUCUUCUACCCUCACGCUGCUGUGCGGCGGAGGACAUCGGCGUGGAGGAGGCCAGCGGCGACGCCGCCGAUCGCGAGACGCUUGUGCUCUGCGGUCGUGUCGCCUGCACUUCCCAGUACGAGCGUGAGCGAUGGACAGCGAGGGAGGCCGUGCUUACCGUCGACGGUAUUGUGGGUGCCGACGCUGUGAGCGAUGACAUGCUGUACGGUGACGGGUGGGUGCUGCGGCCGAUGGAGUCAGACGCUUACGAUCGCAGCCCUGCGGAGUGGCUUCACCAUCUCGCCACGGAGCUGCGGGAGGAGGUGCUUCUCCUCACAACCCAGCAGCCGCUGCUGGAUCCACCGCACCAGCUGGCGCUGCCGUGCUCCACGUUUGUCGGCUUCUUCCUGCAACCAACGCAGUUGUACCUGCGCUCCGUUAUUCCACACGAGCUGCGGGUGGAGCGCGUGGAAAGUGUCGGCGCGUACGGCACCCGUCACCGCCUCGACGCCGCACUUGCAGGGGAAAUCAAAUCGGCCGCGGACGCCCUGCGGGGGGACUCUGAGCGCCUCCUCGAAGGUGGUGCUCUUGGCGUCUGCCGCUUGUUGGCGCAGCUUCGGCCCAACCAGCGCCUCUUGCUGCAUAUUGAGAAGUGCCAAGCCCCGGCGCGGCGCGGGGGUGCCUACCCUCUCCACGCUCAACACAGAUAG